CUCCACUAGAGCUUUCAUCACAUCCCUCAGCAUCCUUUCACCUUAUUCUCUUCCAGCGGUUAUUUGGUGCUUUUAGGAUACAGUCUUUGCAUAUGAAGUUAUCAUUUAUUAUUUGCACAACUCAUAUUUAUUCAGCUUUAGGAGAUCAGGUUGGGAGAGUUUGUCCCUCUCUUUCGGCUUGUGGGUUCCCAUGGGCAGUGUGCUGGCCUUGUCAUCCCGUCCAGGGCGUCAGAACUCACCCUUUCCUCAAGACAGACCCCUAUCACGGUGGGACAGGAGAGAUGGACGGCUGCCUAACCCAGGAAGCUUUGAUGGCCUGCACCGCAACUGUAAAGAUGUAUUUCCACAGCAGAUUGAAGGUGUAAAACUGGCGAUUAACAAGACUCUCAGCAGUUUUUUCAAGGUCAGCCACACAUUUCACCUCAGUGCUGUUGCAUCAUCCAGUUAUCGAUUUCAUGCUGAACACCUGCAGUCAGACACUGACUACAAAGAAACCGGCUCACCUAUGCUUAUUGGGGAAAUUGACUCGUCUGGCAGCCUAAACGCACACUCUUUGUUUCACUUAACCGAGAGGAUAAGAGCUAAAGCUGUAUUUCAGACUCAGCAGGCACAGUUUCUCACGUGGCAGUUUGAGACUGAAUACAGGGGCAGUGACUUCACAGCAGCAGUAACUAUGGCCAACCCUGACAUUCUGAGAGAAUCAGUCAUCAUGGUCGCACACUUUCUUCAAAGCGUGUCCCCACAGCUGGUACUGGGGGGAGAGCUGGUGUACCACCGUGGUCGGGCAGAGGAAGGGGGCAUACUUACACUGGGUGGCCAGUACUCAGGGCCAAAUUGGGUGGCAACAUUAAAUGCCGGUAAAGGAGGUGCACAUGCUAGCUACUACCACAGGGCAAACAAACAGAUUCAAGUGGGAGUAGAGUUUGAAGCGAGCACUAGGACCCAGGAGACAACAUUCUCUUUUGGUUACCAAAUGGAGCUUCCAGAAGCUAAAAUGGUUUUUAGAGGAAUGUUGGACAGCCGCUGUAUCAUCGGUGGUGUUCUGGAGAAGCGGCUCUGUCCCCUACCUGCAACCUUAAUAAUGGGUGCCUUUGUAAACCACAGAGCAGACAAGCUGCAGGUCGGCCUUGGAGUCAAUGUAGGAUAACAUUAACCCUAACUCAAUAGAAGAACUUCCAAAACCAUCUUCACGUCUGCCCAGUCGGUCCACUACAGACUCCAGAGGAAAUAGGCAAGCUAACCAAAGCCUUGUUUGCUCUACUGGACAGUCAAGGUGUUCAUGGCAAGCACAGAUAAAGGGUUCGGAUUCCAGCUGAUUGGUUAUACAAAGGCUGCCUUCAUUUAUUGGAUGUCACACAUUCAUCCUGUCUCAUUGGGUUUGAUGUUUGGAGCAAAGAAGUUGAGCCGUUAAUAACUUGAGGAUUACUCAGAGAUUCUUUCAUUAAAUGAGAGAGAAAUGCAGGUUGGAUAAAAUGUAACAGUUUAAGUAGUCAUCGUGCUAUAAACAAAAUCUUCUCGUCACAAAAUCUCUAAUUUGACUGAAUUUUCAGUAAUAAGCUUCAAAAAUAUUGCUCACUGAGACAUGUAUGCUAUUUAAACAUUUUAAAGUUAUAAUUGAUCACAGGCAAGUUUCCUCUUAAAAGACUAUUAGUCUGGGACUAAUCAUAUAAUCGAUGAAAAUGAUCAUUAGUGGAGAUUUGUUCUUGUUAAUAUUUUACUGGUAAUCCCAGGCUUUCAUUGUGAAUGUACACCAGAAUUUUUUCCAUUUUUGAACUUGAAAAACACCAGACUGACAUCAUAGCUGUGGCACGGUGCUUAUUGUCUCACAGGAGAGGAGGCUUUGAAUCUGGGCUGCAUCAUAUUAUGACCCCAUUCCUCCUCAUUACACUUUAUAGGGGGUUAAUUCGAUCUAAACCAGAAAAAUAACGAAGUAUGCAAAUAAAUGUAAGCGCAGUACAGUAUGCAAAUGUUUUGUUGACUAUAUUUAAAAUGUGGAGUGUUCAUAAAUGUCAAUGGGAGAUUUUUCAACGUUGAUUAAAAUUGAAGUUUACAAAACCAAAUAUAGGUUUAGACUAAGUUAAAUACAGUGAAAACUGUAAAAAUGUGUAUGCAUCUUGCACACAAAACUAUCUGAGUAAAAGAGAUUCCUCCUUCUGUUUUUGUAACACAUAAAUGGAAGGAAAUCAUUUUCAAAGCUAGUCAUGAGGAGAACCUGGCUACAAGCAAAUAGAUGACGAGUAUUUUUUCGUUCAUAUAAAGAUCAAGUACCUUCAUUUUCAAAGUGUUACGCAGCUGUUACUUUUUAUAAGGAGAAUUAUGAUUCUAUUGUUAAUUUUAAUGUCAGUGGUGUAAAAUCUGGGAAAAUCAUAUACUCCUUUUUUUAAAUGAAUAAAUUAUUUAUAUGGAUAAGACUCAAAAUGCACUGAUCAUAAUUUUGUUGUAUUUAUUUAUUUUUUUGUUUUGUUUGUUUGAUCGAAUGUGCUUCUCUAAUUAAAUAAGCUUGUUCAAUCAAUAUUUGUU